CGCUGACGUCAAAAUGGGAAAUCGAAACUGACACGGAUUUCCCGAGUAAUGUUCAACACCUGAUCUUAAAACACGAACGGUUGAAGAAAGUCGAGCAUUAAAGCGGCACUGGCGAUAAAACCUCCCGAAGAGCUCGCCGAAGAACUCAAGAGCCCACAGAACAAACCCCUCUUUUGCUUCACACCGUUAAAGAACCGCACGUCGCUGGUUGGAUCGCAUCGCUAUGGCUCAACCUAAACCGCUCUUCGUGCCCUGGCUGUAUGAACAGAUCCAGAGGGGAAGGUAUCCCGGAGUGUGCUGGACCGAUGAAGAUCAAAGACAGUUUAGCAUUCCCUGGAAGCACGCUUUAAGACAGGACUCCAGCAGUGAUGAUGUCCUCAUAUUCAAGGCGUGGGCUCAGACGAGCGCCGCCGGAGAUGGCAGGAUAAAUGGAGAUCCCUCCGUCUGGAAGAGAAACUUCCGUAGCGCUCUUCGCGCGAAAGGCUUCAAGGUGAUAUUUGACGACAAGAACGACGCGGCUAAUCCACAUAAAGUCUAUCAGUUUCCAUCUGAAGCUCGUUCCGCAGCGUCAGGAUCUGAGGGCUCUCAGGAGACUGAUUUCUCGCCAGAGCUAUGCGGGGAAGAUAGCGACGUGUUCCCUACACAUCCACAACCAGGUUUGGAGAGAGAUUUCACAGGACUAAACCUCGAGGAAAGUCCCUCACGAGUUAAUGAAGUUUGGAAUCCAGAUCAGCUAUAUCUGGGGCUCGAAGAUCAAGGGCCCUUCCAAGAAAGCAGUCCAGAGCUCAGCUAUCAGAUUACGGACACUUGUGUGCCCUUUUCUUCCCCUGAGGGCUGUGUUGGUGGUUUGGGGCAGACCUCGGCGGCUGUGUAUCAAGCGGAUGGAGGAGGCGUGGGUCAUCACACUAGCAUUCCUAUGGCCAAACUGGAGACUUAUUUUCGGAUUAAGGUUUAUUACAAAGGGAAGAUGGUGAAGGAAGAGUUGGUGGAGAAUGUCACCGGUUUCAGACUGAUGUAUCAGGAAAACAUGGACGAGCUCGACUCGACGGGCGGCGAUCUGGCAGUGGUCCGGCUGCCCGUUCCUGACGGUAUUGUGGAUCAGAUCCAGGCCAAGCUCACCAAUGAAAUUCUGAGUAAUCUGGGGGGUCUGGAGGUCAGGAGGUUGGAUGGCGUGGUUUUGGGUCACCGUUGGGGAUUGAGCAGGAUCUACUGGAGUCUAUGCAAACACGAAAUCAGCCAAACACCCAGAGAGCUCUCCAAAAACACACCUGAAGCUAUCUACCUUUUCAGAGAUUAUAUAUCAGGUUUGAUAGAGUUUAUGCAGACAAGCCAAGAAUCUCCUUCCUGCACUCUUUACUUCUUUCUGGGAGAGAAGUGGCCUGACCCCAAAAUGAAGCCAUGGGAGAAGAAACUCAUCAUGAUAGAGGUUAAUUUGACUUCGCUGGAGGACCUGAAGACGAUGGCUGUGGCGAACGGGGCGUCUUCUCUGCAGUCGGUGGAGCUCCAGCUCUCUCUGGAGCAAAUGAUGGAGCUGUGUUAGAGAGGUGGAGCUGCGACCGAGACGAAAGGCCUGACCUGGCUCCUGAAUUCAAACGGUUUACUUAGUGGUGGACCAGUGCUUAAUUGUAUUUAUUGAAGGUGUGUGGACUUCAGUAAUGGUACAAGGGAAGUGUCAGCGAUUUUGAAGAUAAGUUAGCAAUUAGAAAAAGUUAAAAUAAAUGUUGUUUGUAAAUGGUGUACAUUAUGAUUCAAAUCCAAGUCUAAUGUAUCUGUUUUUACACUACCACAGUGCUCUUAACAGUCUGUUUACAGUAUGCUCUUUAGUCUUUUCUUGGCCUGAAUCUCAAAUGUUGUUUCGUGUCUUUCGUGCACUUAGCACCGUUGUCGUGCAAAUCCUGGAAACCUCAGGGAUUUUUAUGUGUUUUCCAGGCCUAGCAACUUCUACAAUGUCCUGGAAAAGUCGAGAACAUUUCCAUUCUACAAUUCUACCAUACAGUUCUAUUCUUUUUUGUGCGGUUACGCUCUGUUCCAAACAUUUCAUUGGACAAAUGUUGAUUUUGAAGAGUAAAACCUGUUUGGUCAGA